AUGGCCCGGGGGCACCGGCGGGCGCCGCCCGCGCUCCCGAAAGAGGAACCGGCCCCGCACGGCCCCGCGGGGCAGCCCCGGUUCCGCUUUCGGGGCCGGGAGGCUGCGGGAGCCCCCCCGAGCUCUGCCUGCCCCGGGGGGGGCGGGGCCUGUCCCGGGUCGGGGCGGGGCCUGUCCCGGGGGCGGGGCUGCUCGCAUGGCGCCGGGCGCGCCCCGCCGCACGCCGGGCCCCCCGGUGCCCCCCGCGCCCCCCCGGUGCCGCCGCCCCGCCCCGGGAGGAAGAACCGAAGGAGCUCCGAGUGGCCGGUGCAGCGGAAGCUGCGGGAAUUCUUUGCCGUCCCGCGGUGCCUGGUCAGCGUGUUCAGCCUGUUCCUGGUGGAGCUGAUCCGCUUCCUCGGCGAGGCCGUGGUGCAGGUGCUGGUGGUCGGUGUCCUGACAGCCAUCGGUGACCACGUGCUGAAGCCGUUCCUGGCGGCGUUGUUCCACAGCCUGCUGCAGCCGCUGCUGCUGUUCCUGCUGAAGGUGCUGGGCGGCGUGCGGGACCUGGCGGAGCCGCUGCUGGACGUGGUGGCGCGGCUGUGCUCGCAGCUGGCCGUGCUGCUCCGCGCCGUGCGCCUCGUGGAGAUCCGCCUGCGCCCCGACCUGCGCGCCGGCCCGGCCGACGGCGGCGCCUGAGGGCGGCCUCGGGUGCCCAGAUAAGAUAAGGAACACGAAUUCCUGGGAAUUGCGGAAGAGCGGGACCAGCUGCGGUCCAGGAGGCUCUGGAGGGGCCGUUGUCUCCAUGUGUGUCCGGGCAGGGGGCAUCGCACGGUGUGCUGGGAGGCGGUUUGGAUCUGCUAGUUCUGCAGAU